UCACUGUACUACAGCCGUCCAGCUUCGGUCGUCUUUCAUCCUCAUCACGACCAUGAGCAAAGACUCCAUGGUCCCAACCGCGCCCACACCGUCGUCGAUAUCCACCUCGCGCUAGAGACAAGGCCGACCCAAACGCAUCACGUCGCGAUGUCUUCCCUCUUCGACUCGCUCAACUUCCCGUCGUCAUCACAGCAGCGGUCGUCGCAAUCGAGCCAGCAGGACCAACCAUACGAGCAACAGCACCAGAGAACUAGCAGGAAAAGUGCCAGUCCCACGAAGCGAUCCCGAGAUCGAGGUCCACAAGUCUUCUGGCACGCGCCACCUUCUCAAUCGCUGCCAUCUCUUGGUCAUGAUGAUGAAACCAGCCAAGCAGGACCGAGCAGGCUGCCAGCGGUACCUCCUUCAGCGAACGCAUCCACUCUACAAGAUCAGCUCCUUCAGCAUCGCAGUCGCGCCUCUUCCUCUUCAUCCUCCGCCUCAGUAGCUUCCACCUCGACUACGUCCAGCCUUCGUCCUCUCCAUCGACGAAGCAAGCUCACUCGCCCACCUCCGCGGCGAUUCCCCUCCGCUGCAGCGAGUGGACCUCUGCGACGCCAUGCCAGCUCGUCGGCCGCUUUUGCCCAUCACUCACAGCAGCAGCAGCAGCAUCACGCAGAUCUGGACGCCUUUGCGCCCCCGCUCGGGAAGCGGGCGGACAGUAAUGGAACGGGUGCAGGAGAAGGCAGAGUGCAGAGAUUGCUAGAGGAUCUGACACUUCAGCUCCAACAGCAAGAUGAGGAGGGUGAUGAGAGCCAGGAGCGGGUAGGCAUUGGAGGUCAUGAUGCGGAUGGAGUAAUGAGCUUGGAUGAUGAUUCGUGGGAGAGGGACCUCGACGACGACCUUCUGGGCCCUUGUGCCCGGCAGCGAAAUAGCCCAGCCAUCCAAUCGUCUCAGAAGGCCAAGCGAAGCACCGCCAUUAAUAGCAACAGCAGUCUGAUCACCCCACGAUCAUCAAGAGAAAAGCGACCCACACCAACCAAAGGCAAGCCCACCCUCUCCAGCUGGGAGCGAACAGCCACUUUCCCUCCCUCUGGCUCACCAGCGAAUGGCACGUCCACACUAGGCAAGUCGUCUGCUACACUAGUAGGUGGCACGUCUGCGGCGAGAAAGGAUUUACACUUGUUGGAUUUGAGUGAUUUUAUGGAGGAGGAUGAGGGGAACGAGGAGCAGGUGGACGGUACGUCAGCUGCACUGGCUGAUCCGCCACCACAAGCUUUCAAAGCAAAGGCAAGGGAUCCUGUCGCCCCCGCAAAUUUCUACGGCCCACCGAAGACCAACUCGACGAGCAAAGCUCAGGCUGCACCUGGCAAAGGGAGGAUACCGUCGAGUCCCUUCGAGCGGUCUCAUUCUCAUGGCGAGGUCAAUGAGCCGGUGCAGCGACGGGCCACAAAGCGCAGCCGUGAGGUUGCGACGCUCGCCCAACCUUCGGGGGCAGGGAUGGAAGCCGUCGGCCAGACAGCAGCUUCUCUUGACCAGCAGGCCGCAUCAGAGCGAGAAGGCAAUGGCGAUGUCGACGACCUCCCUGACCCUCGGCACCUGCGUCGCGCCCGUACCACCUCGACCUCCCCCACAAAGCGCUCCGGCACCGCUGUCUCUUCGAUCACUAAUCCUCCCGCAGGCGCGACCGUCCCCGCAAAGAAGAGACUAGGCAGCGCAGUCGCCCUCGCGGGCCGAAGCACAAGUGCGGGGAGCAGAGCGCCGUCCCCUACGAAUGGGUUCAGGCCGGGAGCUACACUGGGCUCUGCUUCCCAGCAGGGCAGGUCCACGGCAUGCAGGCCGGCGGGGCUUGUGCGGACAAGCCGGACUGCGAGUGGUGGGUUGGGGUUGACGCAGAGGCAGAAGGUGUUCUCAUCAUCAAAGGCGACGACGAGAGUCGGGGAUGAAGAGGCAGAAGCGGCUAUGCGGGACUUUUUGGCUGAUGAGGAGGCGGGGUACGUGACCUAGUAGAAGGGGGGGAGAAGGCGCUAAAUUUCCAAGAGAGACAGAGAGAGCGAGCCACGCCGAGGGAGGAAGAUGAGCGAUACUGGCAUCUUGAGCAUACGUCCGAACGCAGAUGUGUAACAAGGAUAGUCACGAGUACCCAAGAGACAAUGA